AUGAUAUAUCUAAUUGUAACAGCCCGUAGUCUCUUGUGGAUGCUUCUUACCUUAUUGGCUACAUUGUUGAUGUUGAGCGCUUUCUUGAGUCCCUCAUGGCUGGUAGCAGCAACAGAAACCGUGUACUUUGACAAGGAAAAAAUUGUUUAUAGACCUAGUGUGGGCGUAUACGCAAAAUGUAGUAAACCGAUUAAAUUAGAACACCCUGUGUGUACAUUGUUGGCGUUGAGAGGAAUGGCUACGGAAUCUUACAUUUUCCCAACGACUUGGAAGGCUGCUACUGUUUUUUUAACCUUAGGUUUGGGCAUAAUGUCUCUCACGGUUUGUACAGGAAUGUUAAGUUGUUGUUUUCAAAGUAUUUUUAAGAAGAGUAUAUUCACCAUAUCCGGAGCUGGUCAAGCCAUUGCGGGUAUUUUCUAUAUAAUAGGCGUUAUGCUACAUCCCAUGGCUUGGGGCAGCGAAAGAGUGCAAAAGCUCUGCGGCAGAGAUGCGUCCGCAUUCUACCCGGGCGAUUGCUCGUUGGGCAUUGGCAUUUGGCUGGCCAUUUCGGCCACGAUUCUUACCUUUGUCGCUUCGUGUUUGUCCUUGCCCGCGGAGAAAUCGACGAGCAGCGAUAAAGUUCAGGACAAGAUUUACCAAGGGGAGACACUCAUAUGUUUGACGUAA